AUGUCCUCUCAAUCUUCUCGUGAGUUCAGUUUCAAUUUUAAAAAGAGAAAAUUAACUUCAAAUUCUGAACAGAAUGAUGCCAACGUAAAAUCGUUCUCUGAAAUUAGCUCCAAUUCUCAAAUCUUUCCGAAUCAAAUUCUCUUUCAUAUACUUGAAUUUCUCGAUUCUCCAUUCGUUAUUAGUGUGAUUAUGAGAGUUUCAAAACAAUGGCUCGAACUUGCGAUGAACAUUCCUAAAAGUUUGACUUUUGUGAACAAAUUCAAUUCAGCGCAGGUCAAAAUGCUUUCAUUCGAAUGCGAAUUCUCGUUGAAAAAUUUGACUUAUUUGAAUAUAUCCACUCAUUUGUUGAUUUUUGGAACGACUAUUGGAACGAAAGGUGUGGAAUAUUUAGCAGCGAGUCCUUACAUUCAAAAAUUGAAAGUCUUAAAUUUACAAAAUCAAAGAAUUGGUUUUGAAGGAGUGAAAUUACUUUCUCAAAGUGAGAACUUUCAAAAUUUGACCGAGUUGAAUUUAUAUGGCAAUGAAAUUCAUUCAGAUGGAAUUGAACAUCUUGCUCAAAGUAAAUACAUGCAAAAUUUGACGCUAUUGGAUUUAUCUUUGAAUAAGAUUGAUGAAAAGGGAGCUCUGUAUUUAGCUCAGAGUGACCAUUUAGGAAAUUUAAAAACCUUAUACUUACAUUGGAACGAUAUUGGUUCUGAGGGUGAUGAAGCUUUAAGAACGAGUCAAAAAUUGAAGAGUUUAACUUCUUUGAAAAAUUGGUUGUGA